AUGUCUGAUAACGGAUUAUUGGUCGAUAGCCAGGUCUGGCUGUCCGACCCGCAGUUGACGUUCGUCAAGGGACGUAUCGUGGACACUUUAAAUAACGGAAAACAAGUCAAAGUUAAACCCGAAAACUCGGAUAAUACUAUAACUCUGGAUACCGAUCAGCUCGAACGUUGCAACCCUCCUCAAUUUGAUAAAUGCCAGGAUAUGGCUUCGAUGACAUACCUGAAUGAGCCUUCGGUCAUCAAUAACUUAAUGCUCAGAUACAAAGAAGACUCCAUCUAUACCUGUUCCGGAUUAUUCCUUGUUGCUGUGAACCCAUACAAGCAGCUCAAUAUCUACGACAAAAGCUUUGUGAAUCUUUACAAGAAUUCAACGGUCGAGAAGAAGUCAGACUCGGAGGAGGCCCCGACCUUAUCAAGCGCAAAGCCUCAUAUUUUCGCUACCAGUGAAGAGGCAUUCCAAAAUUUAGUGGCCGAUAGCAAAGAUCAGAGCAUUCUCGUUACGGGAGAAUCUGGUGCUGGUAAGACGGAAACCACCAAAAAAGUCAUUCAGUAUCUUUUGGCAGUCGCUUCCUCAAAUGGUGGCAGAUCAAAAUCAAACAGUCUCGAGAGCCAGAUCUUGGAAGCUAAUCCAAUUUUGGAAAGUUUUGGUAACGCACAAACGGUUAAGAAUCUUAAUUCCUCCAGAUUCGGAAAGUUUGUCAAGGUCCAGAUCCAGCCUUCCACGAAGCACCUUGUUGGUGCUCAUAUAGACUGGUACUUAUUGGAAAAAUCGAGAGUUGUUCUACAGGACAAGAGUGAGAGAAACUACCACGUUUUCUACCAAUUUAUUAAAAGUGCUUCUGAUUCGGAGUUACAGAAGCUCAAGUUGACUCGCAGUGUCAACAACUAUGGCUACCUCCGGGAUACCAACCACUCUGUCCAAGGAAUUGAUGACAAAAAGGAGUACAACCAGUUGUUGAAAGCUCUGGAUGUCACCAACUUUUCGAAAGACGAAAAGAAUCAUGUUUUCAAGAUUAUCGCCAUCAUUUUGCAUCUUGGUAACCUCGCAUUUAAGAACAGUGGUAGAGACGAUAGACAAGCAUUUUUCACUGAUGAUUCUCCUGUUGACGUUGUUGCCGAUCUUUUGGGAGUUCCAGAAAACGAGCUCAGGAACGGAUUACUCACGUCCAAGGUGAAAGCCGGUAGAGAGUUUGUUACUCAACAGCGCACUCCUUCGCAAGCCAAAUUCGCCAUCGAUGCUCUCUCCAAAUCGUUAUACGAACGUCUGUUCCAAUUUUUGGUCGACAAGAUCAAUGACAAUUUUGAUCGUAACUCCACGCUUUCCAUCGAGGCCCACAAUUCCAUUGGAAUUCUGGACAUUGCCGGAUUCGAGAUUUUUGAAAAGAACUCGUUUGAGCAGCUUUGCAUCAACUAUACCAACGAAAAGCUUCAACAAUUUUUCAACCAUCACAUGUUUGUUCUUGAACAGAGCGAAUAUCUGAGAGAAGGAAUCAGCUGGGACUAUGUUGACUUCGGACAGGAACUCAAACCUACAAUCGAACUGAUCGAGAGCUCGGCUACCAACAAAAUUGGAAUAUUUUCCCUACUUGACGAAGAAUGUGUGGUUCCUAAAGGAUCCGACAGCACCUUCUUGGAGAAACUUCAGAGGGAGUUAGAACCAAAGGGCGAGGACAAAAAGAAGCAAAACCAGAGAUUCAGACCUAACAAGUUGAGAGACGGAUUUAUUAUAAAACAUUAUGCUGGUCAAGUUGAAUACUCAGUUGAGGGGUGGCUUGAUAAGAACAAGGAUCCAUUGAGCAACACUCUUGUUGAGUUGCUUUCCAAUUCUAAAGACUCUUUUAUCCAGGAUCUUUUUGAUUCUUCGGCUCAGAUGAUGGCUAAUGUUUCUGACUCUCCUGUUAAAGGAGGAGCCGCUAGAAGAAGCGGAAGAUUUAGAACUGUUGCUCAGAGGCACAAAGAACAGCUCAAUGAUUUGAUGAAGCAGCUCUCCACAACUCAUCCUCACUUUGUCAGAUGCAUCUUACCGAACACGAGCAAGACACCUAAUCAAUUUGACAAGAAGCUUGUUUUGGAACAGCUGAGAUGCAAUGGUGUCUUGGAAGGUAUUCGUAUUGCCAGAUCUGGAUAUCCAAACAGAAUCGAGUUCCAGCAAUUUGCCGAAACGUAUAAGAUCUUGGCCAACGAUGCAGUUUCUGCCAAGGGCUUCAAAAGAAGCAGCAAGGAGAUCUGUGAGAUCAUAUUGAGUGACUUGCAUCUCGAUCCUGAAGUUUACAAAGUUGGUACUACCAAGCUAUUCUUCAGAAAUGGUGUUCUUGCAAAACUUGAAAAAGAGAAGACGCGCAGACUGACCGUUAUUAUGACCAACUUCAACGCAGUUGUUAGAGGUGCAUCCGUGAGAAGGGAUAGUAAAGCCAAGCUUGAGAAAAUUCAGGCUUCUCGUGUCAUUGCGAAGAAUUUCAUCGCUUAUAACAAGUUGUCGAACGACCCAUGGUUCCAGCUUGUUUCUCAAGUCAAACCUCUACUUGUGAAUUCGGAUUCUACACAGUCCUACUUUAAUCAAAAGAUCCAGAAACUGGAGAAAGAGAUCAAGGUUUUGAAAGCAGAGAAGGAAAUGGAAAGUCAAGGAAAAAGUCAAGCCUUGUCUGAACUGGCUGCCAUCACUUCUUCGAUUGAAGUUGACAAGAAGUUGCUAGCUGAUAAAUCGAAGCAACUUGAGGAACUUCAGGUCAAACAGGUGAAUACCGAAUCUCAGUUGAAGGAUAAAGAAUUGAAGUACCAGGAGCUGGAGGACAUUCACCAUUCAUCCAACUCUUCCACCGAAAAGGAAAGAUUGGAAUUGGCUGAGAAGAUAGCUCUCUUAACUCAACAGGUUGAGAGUCAUAGCAAAGGAUCUGACUCUUUGCAAGAAGAAGUGACGCUUCUGAAACAAAUGGUUGCACAGAAGGAUGAACAACUUAAGAAGUUUGAACAGAAGAUCAAGUCCAACGAUUCAGAACUUGAUAAAAAGCUCCAAGAAGCAGUAAGUAUAAUAAGGCACAGAAGCCUGAAGCGCGUGAAGAGUCUUUUGAGUGAAAACGAGAAACUGAAGGCUACCGUUGAGAAGAGCAAGCACGCAAGCUCGGAGAUCCACAAGGCUGCUCAAGAGAAAGAGAGAGAGCUUUCCAAGAUGCAGAAGCAGGUCGAAACUGAAAAGGAAAAUCUAUCCGUUUUGAAUAUGCAAAACAAGUACAAACAAUUGAUGCAUGAGUAUAAGGAAGCCAAGACGUUACUUGAUGCCAAGAUCACCGACGAGAUCAACUUUGACAGAGGAAAACAGAAGUACGACAGACAGUUGAAGGAGCUUGAGUCUGCUUUGAAGGAGAUGAGUCAAGAGGUGGAGGUCGGUAAGAAGGAGUCUUUGAGACUGACACAGGAGUUGAAAUCGGCAAAAACCGAAAUUGACCAGUUGAACAAGGUCAAGAGAAACUUGGAUGUCAAACUCGCCGAGUACCAGCUGAAGCACUCACAAAGACCGGAACUACAGUCUGGACCAGAACUUGAGCUGCUCCAAACAAGACUUGCUUCUGAGGCAUACGAGAACAGGCAGUUGAGAGCACAGAUUAGAAAAUUGACUACCGACAGAGGUAUCUCUUCGAGUGGUAGCCCUGAAGAGCUUUCGGUUGAAAAAGCAGCUAACAAGCGUCUUGAGAAACUCAAUAUUGAGCUCCAGAAAGAGCUUCUCCAGUACAAGAAUGGCAUCAGAGAAUCGAGAGGACUUGAACCGAUCGAUGCAGAUUACAAGACUAAGUAUCAACUUGCUGAGGUCCAAUUGCAGUCAAUGGAGGAUAGAUUGAAGUGCUCCCUUUCUGCUAGUAUGCCUUUGAAGGACGCUACUCAGAAACACGAGAAUAAUGCAAACAUUGGAAUCACCGACAAGGACAGCGUUCUGGCAAAGCAGGAGAAUUUGAGAUUGAGUUCGAUGUUGAACGAGUCCCAAACGAAGUUGAAGAGAAUGCAAGUUUCGAAUGCUGCCAACUUUGCUCAACAAGAGCAACUCUCGCAACUGAACUCCAAGCUUCAGAUCAUGUCUGGAAAGAACCAGACUUUGCAAGAUUCUUUGGAGCUCUACAAGUCCCGGGCGGAGAACUACUACAGCAAGAUUGAGGCUGCUGAAGUGGCUGUUCAAACCGCAAAAAGAGCGGAAGAGAUUUUGAGAAACGAACUUAACCAGACAAAGCAGAGACUCGCCAAGGCUCAACAGGAAUGUCAUGAUUCCGAUGUGACUAUUGCACAACUCAACUCUCAGAUCAGAGAACUCGACAGAGACUUAUCUGACAAAGUGUUUGAACUAAGAAAGCUUCAAGAAAGCUACAAUGCAUUAAAGGACAAACACGAGAACGCGGAGGAGCUCAGAAUGUCCACGUCAUCGAGCCAUUCUGAUUCCAAGGAUAAAGAGCUGAAGAUGUUGAACGAUGAUCUGGUUGCCCUGAUGGACAAGGAAACGGAGCUCAACAAGCAGAUCAAAAACAUCUCUAUGCAAUUAGAGAUUUCCAAGAAGGAGGUCCGCAACUCUAAGUUUACCAUUGGGGAACUGUCGAAGGAGAACGCACAGUUCAAGAAAACGUUGACGGAAGCCAUGUACAAGAAUGACAAGCUAACCACCGAGAAGCAGGAGCAUUUGUUGAAACUUGACACAUUGACAUCCCAAGUGAAGGCUUUGAAGACAUCCAACGAGGAUCUCCUUCAAGAAAGAGACAGUUUGUUGGAGUCCAAACGGGAGCUGGAAACAAAGGUUGCAGCCAUAACCGCCGAAUUCGACAGAUAUCUGGAGAAAGCCAAGGACGAUGCAACCAACGCGGCAACUGUUGUUCAAUUGCGCGGUGAACUGGAGCAGUCCAGUAAAGAGGCUUCGAUCUUGAAGGAGAAACUUGAUCUCCACGAUGAGAAGCUCCACGAUUACGAGAAUAAGAUGGACGAGCUCCAAAAGGACUCGUUGAUGGUGAUCGAAGAGAACAAGGCGUUGACAAAGUUCAACAGACAACUGAAGGCCAAACUGGACGAUCUCCAGGUUGAGCAUCAAAAGGAGAAGGAGGCCGAGCGGAAACACUGGUCUGCCAGAGUUGAGGAACUGGAAGAGAAGGUGUAUCUGCAGAAUGCUACCAAGAGAGACGAAGAUCAGAAAUUCUACAACCUUGAGAGACUUGUUAAAGAUUACAACCACCGUAAUGAGAUCCAAGUUUCGACGAUCGCGCGGUAUAAGGACGAGAUCAGAACAUUGGAGGAAACAGUCACCAGACUGGACUCCAACUUGGAGUCUCUACAGCAAAAAGAGGCAGAAGCCACCUUGAGCGCCAAGCGUGCUAUACGCGAACUCCACGAUGCAAAAGAACACUCGCUUAUUCUGGAGAAAGAAUUACUUGACUGGAGAACCAGUGCUGAGUAA